GGUUUGUCGAUCUGUCUUUCCCGGGAAUUAGUGAUCCUUCGACUCUGCUAGAAAAAAAAAAAGAGAGGGAUGUCUCUUCGCUGCUGGGGCGCCGCCUGCACCCUGGGGCCCCGGGUAUUUGGAAGGUAUUUAUACAGUCCAAUCAGAGCAGUAAGUUCCUUGCCAGAGGAAAAAAAGGAAUUCUUACAGAAUGGACCAGACCUUCAAGAUUUUGUAACUGGUGAUCUUGCAGACAAGAGCAAGUGGGAUGAGUAUAAAGGAAACUUAAAACGCCAGAAAGGAGAAAGGUUAAGACUACCUCCGUGGCUAAAGACUGAGAUUCCCAUGGGGAAAAAUUACAAUAAAUUGAAAAAUACAUUGCGGAAUUUGAAUCUUCAUACAGUGUGUGAGGAAGCUCGCUGUCCCAACAUUGGAGAGUGUUGGGGAGGUGGAGAAUAUGCCACAGCCACAGCCACAAUCAUGUUGAUGGGUGAUACGUGUACAAGAGGUUGCAGAUUCUGUUCUGUUAAGACUGCAAGAAAUCCAGGUCCGCUUGAUGCCAAUGAGCCCUACAAUACUGCAAAGGCAAUUGCAGAGUGGGGUCUGGAUUAUGUUGUCCUGACAUCUGUGGAUCGAGAUGAUAUGCCUGAUGGAGGAGCUGAGCAUUUUGCAAAGACUGUAUCAUACUUAAAGGAAAGGAAUCCAAAAAUUCUUGUGGAAUGUCUCACCCCUGAUUUCCGAGGAGAUCUUAAAGCAAUAGAAAAAGUUGCUUUGUCGGGAUUAGAUGUGUAUGCUCAUAACGUAGAGACGGUUCCAGAAUUGCAGAGGAAAGUUCGUGAUCCCCGGGCCAAUUUCAACCAGUCUCUGCGCGUACUGCGACAUGCCAAGGAGGUUCGGCCUGAUGUGAUUUCUAAAACCUCCAUAAUGUUGGGUUUAGGCGAAAAUGAUGAGCAAGUAUACACAACAAUGAAAGCACUUCGUGAAGCAGAUGUGGACUGUUUGACUUUAGGACAAUAUAUGCAGCCAACAAAGCGCCACCUGAAGGUUGAAGAAUACAUUACUCCUGAAAAGUUCAAAUACUGGGAAAAAGUAGGAAAUGAACUUGGAUUUCAUUAUACUGCAAGUGGCCCUCUGGUGCGUUCUUCAUAUAAAGCAGGUGAAUUUUUCCUGAAAAAUCUAGUGGCUAAAAGAAAAAAGCCCUCUAAAACAUAACAAGACCUUCAAGACCACAGGAAUUUUUAAUACCUGAUUCCAUUUGGUAAUAGAAGUGGUACCAGAAUGCCUGGACUUCAGUGGACAUACCUCAGUCUCUUUGUCUUAAGAAACAUGUCAAUAGCUGUGCAUAUUUAAUUAAUUCACUUGUCUUUUUGCAUGUCUUGUCCUAUUAAACAAUCGCUUGCUGUGAUGUAA